AUGGAACAAUCUAACAAGUCCCAUAGAAAGACAAAGGACAAAAACACGGCCAAGAAGAAGUUGCAUACGCAAGGUCACAAUGCCAAGGCCUUUGCCGUGUCAGCACCAGGGAAGAUGGCACGUACCAUGCAAAGAUCCAGUGAUGUUAAUGAAAGGAAGUUGCAUGUUCCUAUGGUUGAUCGUACUCCUGAUGAUGAUCCACCACCAUUUAUUGUUACUGUAGUGGGUCCUCCUGGUACAGGGAAGACUACUCUAAUUAAAUCCCUAGUAAGAAGAAUGACAAAAUCAAGUUUGAAUGAAAUUAAUGGGCCUAUUACUGUCGUUUCUGGUAAGCACAGAAGAUUAACUAUGUUAGAAUGUCCUGCUAAUGACUUGAAUGCAAUGAUCGACGUUGCAAAGAUAUCUGAUUUGGUUCUUUUAAUGAUUGAUGGUAAUUUUGGGUUCGAAAUGGAAACUAUGGAAUUUUUAAAUUUAGCUCAACAUCAUGGUAUGCCUCGUGUUCUUGGUGUGGCAACCCAUUUGGAUUUAUUUAAAUCGCAAUCUACUUUGAGAGCUUCGAAGAAAAGACUAAAACAUAGAUUUUGGACUGAAGUUUAUCAAGGUGCCAAAUUAUUUUACUUAUCAGGGGUCAUUAAUGGUAGAUAUCCAGAUCGUGAAAUAUUGAAUUUAUCUAGGUUUAUUUCAGUGAUGAAAUUUAGACCCUUAAAAUGGAGAAAUGAACAUCCCUAUUUGCUAGCCGAUAGAAUCACAGAUUUAACUCAUCCCGAAUUAAUUGAAACUCAAGGGAAACAGAUUGACCGUAAAGUAGCCAUCUACGGUUACUUGCACGGAACUCCACUUCCAGCUACGGGUGGCACCAAAGUGCACAUUGCUGGUGUAGGUGAUUUCCCAAUCUCUCAAGUGGAAAAAUUACCUGAUCCUUGUCCAACUCCUUAUUACCAACAAAAGAUUGAUGAUUAUGAACGUGAAAAGGCUAAACAAGAAAAUGCUGCUAAUGGUACAGUUGCAUCUACUACUACCAGAAGACGUAGAAGAUUAGACGACAAGGAUAAGUUAAUAUAUGCUCCAAUGUCUGAUGUAGGUGGUAUCCUGAUGGAUAAGGAUGCUGUGUAUAUCGACGUUGGGAAGAAACUUGACGAUCAGAGUUUUGUUCCAGGUCAAGAAAAGGGAGAGGGUGAAAAACUGGUUACUGGUUUACAAGCAGCUGAAAAGAGUAUUGCCGAAAAAUUUGAUGGUGUCGGUUUGCAAUUAUUUAGUAAUAGUACUGAAUUACAUGCUGUAAAUGAUGAUCUAGAUGAGGAUUUUGAAGAAGAUGACAACGAAGAGAGCAAACAUGAUAAAGGGAGAUCAUCUUUGAGAAAACCAAGACUCUACGGAAAAUCCGUUCAAGAAGAAGAUGCUGAUAUUGAUAAUUUACCUAGUGGCGAUGAAGGGGAAGAGGACUAUGAUGGUGAAGAAGGGGAACCUAGAAUGGUGGAAAUUGAUUUCAAACAUCAAAACUCUGACGAAAAAAUUACGCUAGAAACAGAUUCUGAAUUUGAGUUGGAUGAUAAUGAAGAAGAUUGGGGUAUUGCAGCUGCAAGCAAAUUAAACCAAACUAAAAAUCGUCGCAGAAAAUGGGAUAUUGGUAAACUAAUUUACAUGGAUAAUCUAUCUCCAAAUGAAUGUAUUAAAAGAUGGAAAGGGGAAGAUGAACAAGACGAAGAUCAUGAAAGUGAUAUUGAAGAAGAUGACGAGAGUUUUUUUACUAAGAAGGAUGGUGUAAACAACAAAGUUAAGGAUUAUUCCGCCGAUUUAGAAAAAUUUGUCCCAUAUUUUGAGACUCUUGACAAAUUAAUGCAGAAAUGGUCCAACGUUGACCAAAUUCAAAAUAGAUUUAUUGGUGCUCCUAAAUUGAAGUCCAAAAAGACCACCUCAGAUGAAGAAGCUGAUGAUAAUGAUGAAGAGGAGGAAUUAUAUGGUGAUUUUGAAGACCUGGAAGCUGAAGGAGAAGAAGAACAACAGAAGAAAGAAUCUGAAGAAAACUCUGAAGACGACGAUGCCGAGAGUGACACCUCUUUUACUAAUUUUGAUGAAGAAGAGAAGAAAGAUCUAACUGUUGACGAAGAACGUGAAAUGAAUGCUGCUAAGAAGGAAAAGCUACGCUUACAAUUUGAAAUGGAGGAAGGUGAAAACUUCAAAGAAGAUGAUCCAGAAAAUGAGUAUGACACAUGGUAUGAAUUACAAAAAGCUAAGAUUGCUAAGCAAUUAGAUAUCAAUAAUGCUGAAUUACAAGAGAUGACACCAGAACAACGUCAAAGAAUUGAAGGUUUUAAAGCAGGUUCCUAUGUUCGUAUUGUAUUUGAUAAUGUUCCAAUGGAAUUCAUUGAAAAUUUUGAUCCUAAAUUCCCUAUCAUUAUGGGUGGACUAUUGCCAACAGAAAUGAAGUUUGGAAUAAUCAAUGCAAGAAUCAGAAGACAUCGUUGGCAUAAGAAGAUCUUAAAGACUAACGAUCCAUUGGUCUUAUCUCUUGGUUGGAGAAGAUUUCAAACCCUGCCAAUUUAUACCACUAGUGAUUCCAGAACAAGAACAAGAAUGCUGAAGUAUACACCUGAGCAUACUUUUUGUAAUGCAAGUUUCUAUGGUCCAUUAUGUGCACCAAAUACUCCAUUUUGUGGUGUUCAAAUCGUUGCAAAUAGUGACACUGGUGGCGGAUUCCGUAUUGCUGCUACAGGUAUUGUAGAGGAAAUUGAUGUUAACGUAGAAAUUGUCAAGAAAUUGAAAUUGGUUGGGUUCCCUUACAAGAUCUUCAAAAAUACAGCAUUUAUCAAAGACAUGUUUUCGAGUGCUAUGGAAGUGGCCAGAUUUGAAGGUGCACAAAUUAAGACAGUGUCUGGUAUUCGUGGUGAAAUUAAGAGAGCAUUAUCCAAGCCAGAGGGUCAUUUUAGAGCUGCCUUUGAAGAUAAGAUUUUAAUGAGUGAUAUUGUUGUUUUAAGAUCAUGGUAUCCUGUUUCAAUUAAAAGAUUUUAUAAUCCAGUGACGUCCUUAUUGUUAAAAGAGAAGACUGAAUGGAAGGGUGUUAGAUUGACAGGUCAAAUCAGGGCUGCUAAAAAUCUUGAGACUCCAAUGAAUAAUGAUAGUGCUUAUAAAAAGGUGGAACGUGUGGAAAGACAUUUCCAUGGGUUGAAGAUCCCCAAGGCUGUUCAAAAAGACUUACCAUUUAAAUCACAACUUCAUCAAAUGAAACCUCAAAAGAAGAAAACAUAUAUGGCCAAGAGAGCUGUCGUGUUGGGUGGAGAAGAGAAGAAGGCACGUUCAUUUAUUCAAAAGGUAUUGACUGUCUCUAAGGCUAAAACUGAAAAGAAGAGAGCCAAAAAGGCUGAUCAACGUACAGAAAGGUUGAAGAGGUUAGCUAAAGCAGAAGAAGAGAAGACCCAACGUGACAAGGAGAAGAAGAAGGAAUACUUUGCCAAAAAUGGUAAGAAGAGACCAAUGUCAGGAGAAAGUGAAGACAGGUCACAUUCCAACAAGAGGAGACGUUAA